CAUAUCAACAUACGAGAGUUGAGAGCGGUCCGCCUUGCUUGUCAAGCAUUUGUCCAUCUCCUUCAAGGUCGUUGUGUCGCGGUGUUCACCUACAGCACGACGACCAUGUUUUACAUCAACAAGCAGGGCGGCACCAGAUCCUCUCCCCUGUGUCUCGAGGCAAUGCGCCUCUGGGAGUUUUGCAUAGCCCAUUCGGUUCACCUUUCCGCCUCCUAUCUCCCGGGCGUGCGGAACGCUCUGGCGGAUCGGCUGAGCAGAUCCUUCCGUUCGCACGAGUGGUCCCUCUGUCCGGAUGUCGCCCUCUCACUCUUCCAGAGGUCGGGUCGUCCCCGGAUGGACCUCUUCGCGUCCAGGCAGAACAGGAAGUGUCGAGCAUUCUGCUCCUUCCAGGGUCGGGAACCAGGGUCUCUAGCAGAUGCAUUCCUGAUCCCAUGGACAGCCCACCUGUGUUACGCAUUCCCUCCCGUUCCGCUGAUACACAGGGUUCUCCUCAAGGUGCGCAGAGACAGAGCCCGGGUGAUUCUCAUAGCUCCAGCAUGGGCCAGACAGCUUUGGUACCCCAUGUUGCUGGACCUCUCAGUAGCCAACCCAGUUACCCUGCCCCUACAUCGGGACCUGAUCACCCAGGACCACGGCAGGCUAUGUCACCCGGACCUUCCGUCUCUGCACCUUACGGCGUGGCUCCUGCGUGGUUGACAGGCUCCGAGCUGCGCUGUUCUACCCCGGUUCGGGAGGUUCUCAUGGGCAGUAGAAAGCCUUCCACCAGGGCGACCUACUCAGCUAAGUGGAAGCGUUUCUCCUGCUGGUGUUCAGAGAAAGCUCUUCGCCCUGUGGAGACUCCCGUCACCACUAUUUUAGACUACAUCUGGUCCCUGAAGACCCAGGGUCUAGCGUUGUCGUCCCUCCGGGUCCACCUAGCGGCCAUCUCCGCGUUUCACCCGGGAAUGGACGGUUGUUCUGUCUUCUCCCACCCUAUGGUGGUGAGAUUCCUGAAGGGACUGGAGCGGCUCUAUCCACAAAUCCGCCCUCCAGCCCCUUCAUGGGACCUCAACCUGGUCCUAACUCGGCUCAUGGGCCCUCCAUUCGAGCCAUUAGCUACUUGCUCCCUGCUCUACCUCUCGUGGAAGACCGCCUUCCUAGUGGCCAUUACCUCAGCUAGACGAGUGUCCGAACUGAGGGCCCUCACAGUGGACCCGCCGUAUACCAUCUUCCAUAAAGACAAGGUACAGCUGAGGCCUCACCCUGCCUUUCUUCCCAAGGUAGUCUCAGCUUUCCAUGUUAAUCAGGAGAUUUUCCUCCCAGUCUUUUUCCCAAAGCCCCAUUCGUCCCGCAGAGAGCAGCAGCUCCACUCGCUAGAUGUACGUAGGGCGCUAGCAUUUUAUGUGGACAGGACCAAACCCUUCUGCAAAUCCCCCCAGUUAUUUGUGGCGGUAGCGGACCGGGUUAAGGGGCUGCCAAUUUCCUCCCAGAGGCUAUCUUCCUGGGUUACCUCCUGCAUCAGGACCUGCUACGACCUGGCCCACGUUCCAGCGGGCCGUGUGACUGCUCACUCCACCAGAGCACAGGCAUCAUCGCUGGCUUUCCUGGCCCGCGUACCGAUCCAAGAGAUUUGUAGGGCGGCGACCUGGUCAUCGGUCCACACAUUCGCUUCCCAUUACGCCCUGGUUCAGCAGUCCAGAGAUGAUGCGGCCUUUGGCUCUGCAGUACUCCAGGCCGCGACCUCUCACUCCGACCCCACCGCCUAGGUAAGGCUUGGGAAUCACCUAACUGGAAUGGAUAUGAGCAAUCACUCAAAGAAGAAAAGACGGUUACUCACCUUUGUAACUGUUGUUCUUAGAGAUGUGUUGCUCAUAUCCAUUCCAAACCCACCCUCCUUCCCCACUGUCGGAGUAGCCGGCAAGAAGGAACUGAAGGGUGGCCGGGUCAGCUGGGAUAUAUAUUGGGCGCCAUAGCGGCGCCAC